AUGUCGACUAAGAAGAUUUCCGAGUUUCCCAACGUCGAGGCGAAAUUGCAGAAGCCCACCAAACAGUCAGCCUUUGAGCGGAAGAGGGCAGAGGCUGAAGCAAAACGGCAACGGGAGGCUGCUGAGACAGCCGCCGUCUACAAGGAUUUUAUCAAGAGUUUUGAUCACGAUGGCGAUAGCACAGGCACUUCCGACUCGAGACUGGCGGAAUCCAGAUUCGGUUUCGGGCCACCGGACAGGUCAGCGGGCUUGGGGCCCCAGGCGCCCUUUGGUGGAGGCGCUGGCAAGAGACACUUCGGUAUACCGUCUGGCUCAUCGAUGAAGAGCGGCCCUGGCAGUUUGGGGCCCCCACCAUCUUCUCAGGGCAAGAAACGGUUCUACGACGGAACACCCGCAGGCUACCAGAGGGAUCGGGAUGAGGCAGGGAGAAGAUUCGGCUUCGAAGAUCAGGGAUCGGGAUACAAAUCAAUAUCAAAAGUCUUUGAUGCGAGCGACGACGAGGGCGAACCCACGGCGGUUGAUCGCGCGGAGGAGAAGGCCAUAUCGAGGCCAACUCUUCGUCUCGCGAACUUGCCCCCGACGACAUCCCCCGCGGUCGUGAAGGCAUUGAUGCCCCCCAACUUGACGGUCGAGAAUGUGAAGAUUGUUCCGCCGUCGGGUCCUAGUGGUACCGAGAGGAAGUCUACCGCCGCCAUCGUUACUCUCUCCAAGGAGACUCCCGCUACCGAUAUCGAUGCUGCCGUGAGCUCAUUGCAGAAUCAUUACCUUGGUUUUGGCUUCUAUCUGUCCUUGCACAGGCAUUUAUCCUCCGCAGCCAUAUCAUCUUCAAGUCUCACAACUAUCACGUCGUCGUCGGCAGCAGUAUCGCACCCGUUUGGGGCGAAACGGGUUGCUACGCCUACUACGAAACCCCAAGGCCCACAGCCCAUGGGCUAUGGACGUGGCUUUGCACCACCAUCAUCAUAUGGGCCACCUGCAGGUGGCGGUGUCAACCGAUCUGGCAUCCUCCAUGUUCCCAUCCAGCCGCCAAAAGAUAUCAAGAAGCUGCGGAUGAUCCACAAGGUGAUUGAAGCUGUCCUAGAGCACGGACCAGACUUCGAGGCACUUCUAAUGUCUCGCCCUGACGUCCAGCGAGAGGAAAAGUGGGCAUGGAUCUGGGACGCGAGAAGCGAGGGCGGAAUUUGGUAUCGCUGGCGCUUGUGGGAGAUCGUGACUGGGAUACAGUCCAAGAGGGGGCAAGGAAAAUACCUUCCCUUGUUCGAAGGGAGCCACGCCUGGAAAAUCCCCGAGCAGCCCUUAUCAUACGAAUACACGACCGGAAUCGACGAAAUCAUUUCCGACUCGGAAUACAACUCGUCGGACGAAGACGAGUUCGAGGAUGAACAGAACCGCCAAGCCGAGGGUCCUGGCGCAAACCAUGACCAAGAAGAUGUGUUCCUUAAUCCUAUUGAGAAGUCCAGAAUGGCGCAUCUUCUAGCCCGCCUCCCCACAACACUGUCAAAGGCCAGGAAGGGGGACAUUGCCCGUGUGACUACAUUCGCUCUCACGCAUGCGAGCAAGGGUUCCGAUGAAAUCACCGAAAUGAUAGUCUCCAACAUUGAGAGGCCGUUCGCCUUUACCUCGGCCAAUCCUGAUCACAAGCAAGAGAGCAAGGCCAAGGUCAGCCAUGACCGCGACUCUCACGAGCCAAGCCCCGCGCAGGACGACAAGGCGGCGGCUCAUGACACACAGGAUACAAGUCCAGCACGGUUGGUGGCGCUCUACGUGGUCAGCGACAUUCUGUCCUCAUCGUCCACGAGUGGGAUCCGCCAUGCCUGGCGCUACCGUCAACUUUUGGAGGGCGCCCUUCGAAGGCACAAGACCUUCGAAAACCUCGGGAUGAUGGCAGAGAAGUACAACUGGGGUCGGCUACGCGCCGAAAAAUGGAAGCGCAGCAUCGGACUUGUGCUAAGCCUCUGGGAGGGGUGGUGCGUCUUUCCGGCCGAGACGCACGAGUUCUUCGUGGACAGUUUCGAGAACCCGCCAGGACUGAAGAAGGAGAAGUCGGACGAGACGCAAAAGAAGGCCGGACGCUGGAAGACUGUUGAGGCAUCUUCGGCGGAGAAGGUCACUGAGAGCAAGUUCCUUCCCGUCUGGCAGAAACCUCCCAGCCGCCAGAGUUCGCCGGCCGCCUCGGGAGACGGCGACAGAUUGCAGGAGACCUUGGAGACUGGCGACACAGACGGCGAGGUUAACUACUCCUACGGAGUAGGCUCUGACUCGGAUAGCGAUGAGCCGCUUUUCGAGUGCGAUAUAGACGGAGAGCCUAUUGGAGGGUCUGUUGAGAGACCAACAGGUGAAGAUGUUGUUAUGGGAGCAAUGAAUGGUGCCCCAUCGGUGACACCCACGCUGCCGACGACAAAGGUCACGGCUAUGGGGGCGUUCCAGAUAUCAGCAUCAAAAUCUGCACCGUCUAGGAAACGGGUGCGGGCAGUCGAUAUGUUUGCUGAUUCUGGCUCUGAGGAUGGGGAGUAG